AUGUCGUCAAUCAAUCCCAUCAUACCGGGUUUCGCACCAGAUCCGUCCGUCGUCAAAGUAGGUGGAUGGUUUUUUCUCAUCAACUCCAGCUUCCAUCUAUUUCCUGGUCUGCCCAUCUAUGCCUCGCAGGACCUCAUUUCCUGGCGACAUAUAGGAAAUGCUAUUAAUCGCCAAUCUCAACUUAGUCUGUCCAAAUCGAAGACGGAACUACACCCAUUGCCCGAGACCGGUGAAGUUCUUGUGGCCACUGGAGGCUUAUAUGCGCCCACAAUCCGAUACCAUGAUGGCACCUUUUAUGUCGUAUGCACCAAUGUGGUUCGUACAGCCACCGGCGACUCCAGGCAGAACUUCAUCAUUUCAACCAAGGAUAUCUGGGCCGACAACUGGAGCGAUCCAGUCUAUUUCGAAUUCAAUGGUAUCGACCCAAGCCUCUUCUUCGAUGACGACGGCAAAACGUACAUUCAAGGAUCCGCCGCAGCGGGUCCUUCCACCACGAUCAAUACGUUCGAGAUCGAUCUCGGCUCCGGCGGAAAGCUCUCAGAGGAGAGAACGAUAUGGUGCGGUACCGGAGGUAUCUACCCCGAGGGUCCACACCUGUAUAAGCGGAAAGGCUAUUACUAUCUGGUCAUCGCAGAAGGGGGAACUCAUGAAGGGCAUAUGGUGACGAUGGCGAGAUCAACAAACAUCUGGGGUCCAUACGAAGGGUGUCCCGACAAUCCGAUACUCACAGCACGAAACACCGACGAGUACAUCCAGUACACCGGACACUGCGAUGUUUUUCAGGACGACGGGGACCAAUGGUGGUGUACCUGUCUUGGCGUGCGGAAGGAUAAGAAUGGUCGCUAUAUCAUGGGCCGGGAGACGUUUCUGACUCGAGGGAGCUGGGAUGGAGACUGGCUCUCCCUGGAGCAGGUCAAACUAACGCCCAGUGGUCUUCUAGGCAGCGACGAGGAGACGAAGCUCCUUGCCAACCCCGGCGUCGAUCACGUCUACAUUCGCGAUGCCGAUCCGAGCAAUUAUACCCUGUCCAGUAGUACUCUUGACCAUUUGACGCUGGCUGCCUCAAAUGCCGAUCUGUCACAUCCUGAGCUCAGUCCUAGCUUUAUUGGUAAGAGACAGCGCCAAUUAGACGGGUAUAGUAGUGUUGAGCUGGAAGCUGCGCAGGCGACUGGGAGUGCGGCAAAGCUGCGUGCUGGAAUGGCCUGCUACAAGGACGAGCAUCGCUUCAUCCGAAUAUACUAUGACGCUGCAGAGCUUGCUAUCGUUGUUGAGGUAAUCAACAGGCCAAAGGAGAUUUAUCGACAGGAGCGGCAGACACUUGAGAGACUACCCAAGUCAAUAGCGUUUCGAAUGCAAUAUGCGGAGCAGGAGUAUCGGCUAUUCUACAUUGUUGGAGACGCUGCUCAGCCGGAUUGGACGUGUAUAUCGACUGUUGACACUUUGGAUCUGACUGGCCCCGAUUUUACAGGCCCAGUAAUUGGUGUCUUUGCGGUGGCAGAGGCAACAGAUACUGCGGUUCAGUUUAGGAAUCUCACUAUUUGCUAG